CACCAUUCAACUUUUACAAAACAAUAAUAAGAAUAUAAUUUUAUUUAUUAUAUUUUUCGAUACAUUAUUCUUAAAAAGAAUAAUACCAACAUAAUUUUCCGUAAUACAUUAAUACAUCUAUUUGAAUACUUUGAAAAAUACAAGUAUGGCAUCCUACAAGAUCUACACAAUCCCCUUACUUUGUUCAUUAAGAACUUGAAGUAUAAGGUCAUCAAUCUUCAACUAUUCAUGCUUCAAAACUUCAUUGGAAUUUGCUGCUCGAACAACAACGUUGAAACCAUUACCCAAUAUCUCAAAACUCUGAAUUCCUUCCCCUAAGUGGCUAGAUCAACUGCCAUCGCCGUUUCUCAUAGCCAUCGAUCGCCACGUUCCUUGAUCCUUGGAAGCUGCACUCCUCGAUCAACUGCUGGAGCAAGCCAGGCGUCUCGUCUAAAUCAUUUAUGGACCAAACAACGAUCUUGGUGAAGGACGGUUAUGAAGGAGCGCGGCCAGGGGUUGGUCGAUUUUGAUGGAUAUAGAUAAUAGAUCUGGGCAAGGCGGAUGAUGGAUCUGGCUAAAUUCGAAAAAAUAAAUUUGAGAAAGAAAACUAAUAAUCAAACCAAAUCAUCUGUGAAAUACCUUCCACAUCUUCGAUUGGUGCCUGCCGCUCUCGCUUGUUGCGACGAUUAAGGAGAUGGCAACAACAAUGAAAUCCGAAAACGCACAGAAGAAAGAUCCGAUCAGUUAGCCGAUAAUAAACUGAAUCAUAGACACCAAAAUGAUAUUUACUUGGAAAAUCCCAAGGUUCAUGCUUAUAGAGAUCGAUUCAGCGGUAAUCAGAACAAAACUCGACUGGGAGGCGCACUUCAAUCUUCAAUGUCGUCGUCUCUCGAAUCAAAGGCCUUGUCAAUAUCUUGGAAGGUUGAGAUGAUAGUUGUUCAAAUGGACAGUCGCGGGUUGAAGGCUAUAUCGGGAAGAGUAGCUAGAGAUGUUGGCGGUUUGAGGGAGAUGAAACGACGGCGACGGGUGCAAAGAUAAGGUCGUAAUUAAGGGGAGUGCAAGCUGCAGGGAUGGGGUUUCUCCAUAUUAAUUUGUUUAAUUAUAGGUUUUUUGUUCUCAAAGUAUUUUUGGAAAUUUAAUACUUUUUUUAAUAGACGAUGGGAUAAGUGUAACCGGGUAAUUCAACGGAAAAUUAGGAGUGGAUUUUUUUAAAACUUAUUUAAGGGGCAAAUUCCUUUCCUCGUUAGAAGACAAAUGCUUUUUUUCUCUCACAAAAAAACACAAAUGUUUUUUUAAUAAUACCACAGGAAGUGCAAUUGCUGGGCAUCUCUUUGCACCAAAAAAAAAAAAAAAAAUUGCUCGGCAUCUCCAUUUUAAAGCUAUCAGAAUGCAAGGAUAAAUUCGGAGAAAAAUCAUUUAAAUAAUAAAAUAAAAUAUAUUAAGACGAUUAAUAUAUUAAAUACAAUAUAUUAAGAAGAAAAUCAAACUCUAGUAUUUGGUUAGGGUGUUUAAAACAUUUUAUUUGUCUCUAAAGAUUAUUAGAUUUGUGUCUAUAGAGCAUAAUUAUAAAAAUGCAUUUAUAUUCGUCUCUAAAUACUAUUAAAUUUGUGUCUACAUAACAAAACUAUAGGAGGCAUUUUUAUUUGUCUCUAGAUACUAUCAUAUUUGCGUCUAUAUGAUAUAGAUAUUUGGGACAUUUGUAUUUGCUUCUAAAGAUAAUUAAAUAUUUUUUUAUAUUUCCCACUUGCUAUUGUGGAUGGUCUGAUUGAGCUCGGCUAGUGUUUUGCCAUGCGUUUGAUAGUAUUAUGAAGAAGGAAUUAAAAAAAAAAAUACGAGAACAUUCCUGGAGAUAUGUGGGGAGUAGAGGUGGCAAUUCUCAAUCCAAUCCACGAAUCCAAUCCAUUCAUUUGAUUCAAAUCCAAUUGGAUUGGUGAAUUCAUGGAUUGGAUCCAUGGAUCAUUGGCAAAUUAGUUUAGUACCUAUAAUUUUUAUUUUUUACAUUUUGGUACCUAAAAAAUUUCAUUACAACAUUUUAGUACAUAAACCUUUUGCAUUUUACAUAUUGGUCCUUGGUUGAAGAUGUCAUUUGGAUUCAUGGAUAAUCCACAAUCCACCAAUUCAUUGGAUCCAAUCCAUUUGAUCUAUUGAUCCACCAAUCCAAUUCAUUUGCCACCUCUAGCGGGAGCUUAAAACUUGCUCUACGACAUAUUCCAUGCCGAUUACCUUUCCUUCUAUGCAUGUACAUUUUAGAUACUUAAGUAUAGAACUGUAGAUUGGUUCAUUUGCAUGAUUGUGCAUGAAAUGUCAAUUUGCUGAGAGAUAAGAUAAUACCGUAAUGAUUUGGAGAAAUUAUUCCUUCUCGCUAAAAUUUGAACCAGAUAACGACUCCACUAAAGUUCAAGGCCCGGUACGAUUGGGCUUUUAUCGGAUGGAGAGCAAAGCAUCAGCCCAUCAUCCCAGCCCGCUAACCAUUCUCUCGUACAUCAACCGAUUAAGCUGCUCCUACAAGUUCGUUGAUCGGAAUUUGCCUCCAUUUAUGGAACACUAAUGUUGAGUACUGGAUCAAUCGCUGUCGAAUCGAUGACAUAGUUCUUCUCCUAGUUCUUCGAUCUUCAGACAUUGUUCGCCUUCCAGUGUGAUUCUUAAGCAGCGGGGAUCACCUUCUCUCUUCAUCAAUGGCGGACUUCCUACGCUUCCUCCUUUUCAUCGCCCUCACCGGUGUGCACUUCAACUGUUUCGCCGAGAGCCGGAAGGAGUUGAGGGGUAAGGCGGAUUUCAACCAUGAAAUUGUCAUUCAGUUAAGAAGCUCCACGCCAUUGAAUAGGGUUGAUCCAUCACGCGUUAUUUCGCUGUCUUGGCGACCAAGGGUGUUCCUAUAUCAAGGCUUUCUGACAGAUGAGGAAUGUGAUCAUCUUAUUUAUUUGGCACAAGAUCCUAAAGUGGGUAUUGCGGGAAAUGGUGAUAAUUCCAGGCAGACAGUGAAGAAGAGGAUGUUGGCUAGUACAAAGCUUCUUCCAGAUACAGAUGACAAUGUUAUAACAAGGAUUGAGGAAAGAGUUGCAGCAUGGACUUUGCUUCCUAGUGAUAACGGGCAGUCGUUACAGGUCGCACAGUAUGGAGUCGAAGAGCACACCGCUCAGAACCUUAGUUACUUCAGCAACCAAUCCUUAUCGACCUCAAAUGAGGCUCUGGUAGCCACUCUUGUGUUCUAUCUCUCAAAUGUGACUCAUGGUGGGCAAAUUCUCUUCCCUAACUCAGAGGACAAGAGCAAGAUAUGGACCGAUUGCACAAAGAGCAGCGAGAUUCUUAGACCGAUAAAAGGGAAUGCGAUGCUGUUCUUCAAUCUUCACCUCAACACUUCCCCUGACCCGAGCAGCUUCCACUCUAGGUGCCCAGUCCAGGAAUCUGAAAUGUGGGUCGCCACCAAAUUCUUCUUCCUUAGGCCCACCAUUGCCGGGAACCCUCCGCCUUAUCAAUCGGGUAGCAGCAGCGAUGAAUGUUCCGACGAGGACGAUAACUGCCCCGCAUGGGCCACUUCAGGAGAAUGCGAGAAGAAUCCGGUUUACAUGAUUGGUUCUGAUGACUACUUUGGAACUUGUCGGAAGAGUUGUAAAGCCUGCUGAACUAAUCUAUAGCUAGUUUGAUGGUAAGAUAUAAGUCUUACCAAUCUGAUUGUGGAAUGCCCGACUGUUCUCGAGCUUAAAUUAGAUAUAAUCAGCGGAAAUCCGAGCUUUUCAGAAGUAGCUAAUCAAGCAAAGUGAUCAAA